UGUGGAGCUCCCUUCGUAGAAUCGCUAGUUCAAGUUUUCGUUCUGACGAGGCAGAUCGUAAAAAAAUUCGUCUAAAUUUUAAAGAGAAGGGAUAAAAAAAAAACAGAAAAAUCUAUAAAAUCCGACAAAAAUACGCGAACGUGUUUUUUUUUUUUGAAAACCGUGCAAUCAGAUUAUUACAAAAUUAAUAACCGUCUUCCCGUCUACAAUCUUCCCCAGAGUCUUUUACCGAUUUGACAAUGCGGAAGACUCUGUAUGACGCCAACCCAGAGGACUGCGACCUGCUCGCCGAAGUGUUCGAGGUGUUCGAAGUGAACAAUCUCAAUAAUCUGGAUGAGCUGGACUACUUGGGUGACGAUGACUCGACCACAUCGGAGGACUCGGACGACAGCCUGGAGGGCAUUUUCAUCGACCUGCGUGGCGACGAUGAGGUCAAGGUUCCGGAGCCAGAGGACGCGGUGUAUGGAGCCCCACUCGAAGAAAGAGGGGACCUGAUGGCACGCGCACUGGCUCUUCCGGGGCCACCAGCAGUCCCAGUGGCCCAUCUCCAGCCAGAGGGUGGCGCUUUCGGAGCAGAUCCCAAUAAGGUUUAUGAGAUGAUGGAGCCCAUGGUAGUAGAUGUACCAGCUAACACCGAAGGUGCAGAGGCGGAGGCUGCAGAGGCUGGGCCAGUUUUGAUUCUCGAGGUGGAGGAUAUGACGUCAAGGGUUACCAGACGGAUCCCGGUAACAAUCAACCAUCUUAUGGUAGAGUCCAUGGCUAUCCCGGAGCUACUCCAAGUGUCAGCUUCUAACGAAGUGGAUGAUCCGCAGUCGGAGGAUGAAGCUGCAGCGGCAGAGCCGGAGGUAGCAGCAGCUCAUCAUAAGGAAGAUCCGAAGGAAGCCGUUCCAUUGGCAGAGCCGGGAGUACCAGCUAAGAUGACAGAGCCAGAGCAAGCAGCCUCUCCGAUGACAGCUCCCGUGGCAGAGAUAGAUCCAGAACCGAAGGUAGACGAGGCUACUCCGAUGGCCACUCCGGUGGCAGAACCAGUGGCAGUUCCAGAGGAGGCUCAUGCAGAGAAAACUUCAACCAGUGAUGACGGCGAACCAAAUGCAACCCAAUUUCAACGCAAUUCCGACGAGAUCGAGGUCGACGAUAUGGGCGAUAUGAUUCGUGCCCUGGUCCUGACCGUUGCCCACUUUAAGAAUCUAUAGACUCUAUAGCUUUAUAGACCUUCUUCCAAUAAAAUGUAUCGGAGAGCAUAA